UUAAGUUUCCUUUAGAAAAAGAGCCCUUAGAAAGAGGUAAGUAGGACGCAUAAUAAAAAGAGGUUUAAAAUAACUCAAUAAUCAUCCAAACAAAUCAUUCCAUGUGCUUCCCUUCAAACAUUCUUCUUGUCAUUUUCCUUCCAACCAUCUUCUAUUUUGGCAAACUUUUGCUGCUUUUAAAAAGAAAUUCAAAUAUGCAAGUCUCCACUCACACAUAACACAUUCUCUUUUUACAAUCCUUAGAUUGUCCCUUUUGCCUCCUUCCUCUUGUUCUCUUCCAACUUUACUCCUGAUUCUCUUCCUUUCGGAAUUUCAUCGAACUACUCAUCCACCCUAUAUAAUUUUUAUUAAUUUAUUAUAUUCUCAUGCAGAUUAAAUAAUACGAGAUAUCUACCUUUUUCCUCCAUAUAUAAAUAGACACAACGCACGUAACAUGGACCCAAACCCUACAGCAACACACCCUCCACGACUCAUAUCAUUACUAUUGUUAUUAUACUUUGCACGUCAUGAGUUCAAUGGCAAGAGACCAAAAUGAACAAAUAGUAAUCCAGUCUUCUAUCGCCUUGCUUCAAGAAAGAUUCAGACAACUUCAGAGAGCGCGAGAGUUAAGAGCUGAGCGAGAACUCCUUAACCCUAAACCUAAUCACCAAGACACCAACAUCUUACAAUACUACAGCGAACCCGCGAGUUUUGGUUUCUUCCAGUUUCUACCUCUAAAGUGUCAAACAACCUCGUCGCAGAAGCUCCUCUCCCUCUCCUUAUGCCCUCACUCCACCUCUGAUCCCAUUGAAAAGCCUAGCCUUUGUCAUCAGUGGCCGAAUAAAGAAGACAAGGUGGUUGGGGUUGAUCGAUACGACGACGUUGAUACGUCUCUCCGUCUCUGAACUCAUGAAAUAGCUCCUUCAUCUAUUUUGUCUUUUAAUUAUAAAUAUGUACGUAUAACCUUUUAUUUUUGGUUGGUAUGUUCUUUUGAGGAGUCUUGUAGGUGGUAAUGAUAUGUAUGGUUCAACGGCGAUCAUAUAUAUAGUAUUAUAUUAAUCA